GGUAGAUUCAUACCUCACCGUCAAAUAUGCUGCCAUGUUUCAGGGUGCCGAGAGAGAGACAAAGCCGAGCUGUGGAAUUUCGGUUCCCCAGAGCCGAAACGGAGGAGGGUUUCUACUUGGAAAAUGGAGGUCUGGUUUUGGAGCAUCUCAUUACUUCUUUUGAUGGCAAAUACAGUCCCUUUCGGAUCUUCUCCAAACGAGAGCUCUACAAGGCCACCAACGAGUAUUGUGUGAAUGGAAUCUUACACGAGGAUUUCAAGCAUAGCCUCUACAGAGGAACCCUUGAUGGUCGUGAAAUAUGUGUCAAGAAAUUUCUGGCAACCUCAUCUCGGAUUCAUAAAACAUGGUGCAUAAACGAGGUGGCGGUCGUGUCUCAGUUGAGCAAGCACAAGAAUGUCCUGAAGCUCUUGGGUUGUUGCUUGGAGACUGAAAUCCCAACGUUAGUGUACGAGUUUGCAAGAAAUGGAAGCCUCUCCGAUCAUAUACUGGACGGCCGUCGGCGGCUAUCAUGGAAGAGCAGGCUUAGUGUAGCGAGCGAAGCAGCACAUGCAGUUGCGUAUCUUCACAACGUCACGCCCGAUCUGAUCGUCCAUCGAGAUAUAAACUCGAGAAAUAUCCUCUUAGACGGAAACUUUGUUCCUAAACUGUUCGAGUUCGGGUUCUCGGUGCCCAUUCCCAUGGGUGAAAAACAUGUAGAUGCCGAAGUUGUGGGGGACGUUGGGUUUAUUGCUCCGGAAUCGCUAAAUUCCGGCAGGUAUACAGAGAAGAGCGAUGUUUAUAGCUUCGGAUCCGUCUUGCUUGAGAUUUUAACUGGAAAGAGUGCGAGGAACAUGGUGCCUGAAUGGAAUUGCAGAGGGGAAAGUUCAAUCUCAAAUGCCAAAAGUGGCAAUUGGACAGAGAGAGAGAGAAAUACUGAAUCCUAUUUGAAGGGUGAUCUAGCGGGUGAAGGAGACAAGAAACAACAAAUGGAAUGUGCAGAGAUCGCAGUUCGAUGUCUUAAGAUGAAUGCCGAUGAGAGGCCUACCAUGAUAGAAGUUUCCCGAUCGCUGAGAGAGAUCAGAAGGCUCGGCUCCAAAGCACCCCAACAUAACGUGAAGCAUCUCUCAUGAAUAAACAAAGAAUGUGUGAUAGGAAGGGUUGGAGAUUUGUGAAAUGUUUGGGCAUAAUCAAUUUGACCAACUACAGUUCUUUACUAUACAUAAGCAACAUCCUCGUUGUUUCAUGA